AUGUUGAUGGAGAUGGUGGCGAUGUACAGUGGUCGAUUCUACGCUAAUAAGCCGGAACUCGCUGCUCGGAGGAUCGAGGCCAUUGGUUAUCAAGUCGGACAUCAGCUCUCCGAGAGAUACACUAUGGAAAGACCAAGGUUCAGUGAUCAUCUCGAGGCAAUCAAGUUUAUCUGCAAAGACUUCUGGUCUGAGGUCUUCAAGAAGCAGAUAGAUAAUCUAAAGACAAAUCACCGGGGUACUUUUGUAUUGCAAGACAACAAGUUCCGAUGGUUGUCACGUGUUUCGGUCGACCCUUCACAGGAGAUGGAAACCGAAGAUCCGUCUACUCCAGGGGAAAGCAAAGCAGCACAAGCGGUGAGCAUGUACUUGUAUUUCCCAUGUGGAAUCAUAAGAGGUGUUCUCUCCAACUUGGGGAUACCUUGCGCUGUCUCUGCAGAUAUAUCGAGCCUUCCUACAUGCUUGAUUCUGCAACAGCUCGAGUCCUCCGGCUUUAUAUUCCAGCUUGGUUUUAUGGUAUCAAGCAAAACAGCUUCUUCGGUUUUGAGAGAUGUAACUAAAAAGCCGUUUGCAGGCUUCUGUUUGCUGCGAGCCAGACUUGGCAUUAGAUGUUUCAUUGAUACUGUUGCCUUGUGCCUCUCUCUCGACCUUAGCCAACUUUCCAAACUCAGAGCUGUGCCGUUGCCAACUUUCCAAAUUCAGAGUCAGAGAGUUCUCGAUAAAGUGGCUUCGAUGGAAUGCAACAAAGAAGAGGCUGUGAGGGCGAAAAACCUAGCAGAGGAAAAGAUGAAGACUGGUGAUUUUGUUGGAGCUCUUAUACUUGUUACGAAAGCUCAAAGACUCUUCCCCAAUCUCGAAAACAUACACCAGAUGAUAGCCAUAUGUCAUGUGCACUCUUCUGCAAAUAAGAAAACCGAUGGGCUUGACGAGCAGAAUUGGUAUGGUAUCCUUCAGGUUCAGCCUUUUGCGGAUGCGGACACGAUCAAGAAGCAAUACAGAAAGCUCACGCUGCUUCUCCAUCCGGACAAGAACAAGUUUGCUGGUGCAGAGUCUGCUUUCAAGUUGGUUGGGGAAGCAAACAUGGCCAAAGAAAUUCUGAAGCGAGUGUUGGAAGAAGCUCAUGUUGACAUCAAUAAGCAUAGGAGAAGGGCUGAAGUAGUGGACGAAGCAACUCGUAAACUUGCCCAUGAUUGCGAUAGAAAGCAUGCCGAAUUCCAAAAGCACUUGGACAAAGCAGCUAAAGAUCUCGUGUUGGCUUUUCUCCAUUUCAUUGUGGCACAUGGAUCGCAUAACAACUCCACAAUCAUCAAUCAAGAAGAAACUACGAAGCUUGCCUUCUCUGUUGCUCAUCACAAAGAAGCUCCAACACUCUUUCAAUCACUUGGUCUUGACAAUAUGAUCCCAGAGUUUGUUCAAAAACUUAUCAGUACAAGUACAAGACAAUAUAUUCCCGCAGUUCGGCUUAUAUGUUUCUUUAAGCUUCAAGGCUUCGAUCCUUCACUUGUCUUAUACAAAGAGAUCGAGGAAGAUGGUGAGAAAUUGAGAGACAUAUUUCAACUUGCGGCAAAUUAUAAGCUCAAGAUUGAUAUUCCUGGAGAUGUUGUUGUCAAGCUCAUGCUCGAGUCCUCCGGCUUUAUAUUCCAGCUUGGUUUUAUGGUCUCAAGGAAAACAGGUUCUUCGGUUUUGAGAGAUGCUCAAGACAAAGAUGGUGGGAAGUUGGGAGACAUACUUGAACUUUUGGCAGAUUAUAAGCUCGAAAUCGAUAUUCCAGGAGAACUUAUUGUCAAGCUCGUGGGUCAGCGACUAUAUCAAGUCCAAUCAUCAAGGGUGGAUCGUAGAAAUGGGAGAUCUAAUUAA